GGAACAGAGCCGAGGAGAUUUUCAUGAAGGAUUUGGAGAAAAAACCACGGAGUUAGCGUACCCGCGGCAUUACACAAUUACUGUAUGAACUGGCCCACCCAUUUUAUGGGCGUGAUCGGUUUGCAGGCUGAUCUCCACCUGUUUGCUUGGGCCGGAGUCUGAGGUGACAGCGGCACCGGGCAGCUGCUGGCAUCGGGAGGCGAACGCCAAACCUCUUCCAGACAAGUUGCUAUCGGGGGCUGGCUUCCACAUCAGGCAAAGGGCAGCUGCUUUCAGACAAAUACAUACAGCUGGGCUGCUUCUCCUGGCUGUUGUAGUUACCCUACUGAUUUAUAUCGUAAGCGGCAGUAAUUCCCACUUCACAGGAGAGGCUGACCUUGAAAAUUGCAAGGUGGAUAUCUGUGAUGGUAGUGUUACGGGAAUUUUUUAUAUUGGUCUCCAUGCAGCAUUGAUGUCAAGCACUGGCAUGAAUAUAGAAGGGAAUUAGAGCGUUCACACUGUUCAAUGUAGUAUUUUUUUUAAUAAUUAAAUAUAUCAAAAUCCAUUUCAAGUGUAUUUCACAUCUUAUUUCAACCAGUACAUCAGGUGUCUUGAUCAAGACUCUCAAAUGUAUAGACAUUGUGUACAUUCAUAUUUAAGUAUGCACGUUUUAGAAGAAGGAAUUUUAGCAGACACUAAUAAUAUCUUAUAAAUACCCUUCGAUUAUCAUGCACUUUCUCUGUAGAGGGGUCAGGAACACGUGCUCUUCUGCAUACAAAGCAUUUAUUUUUAAAGGGGAAAAAGUGAAAUCAUUUUUCAGUGGAAAACCUGCAAAAGAAUGAUAAAGCAGUAUCUAAUGUAAGUAUGUCCCUGGCAGUGGAAUGACAAAUAGAAAUAAUAUUGAACUGAGGCUUAACUAGACAUUGAGUGUUACAGCAAUAAAAAGUCUGUUCAUCUGAAAAAUGAUCAAAUACAAAAGUUCAUAAACCAUGUUUUUAUUACUUACAUGUCCCAUUUUUAUAUUCACUUGUCAGAACAAUUUGCAAUAAAAAGACAUUGCAGACUGAACAUCUACUUUUGCUUGCAGUGUGCUAGAAGUGAAGUCUUUGCUAGCUCCAUAGGAAUAAGAAUAACCUUUAAAGCUAUUUUGCCAAGGAAAUGUAUUCAAGAGAAAGAAUUGCUUGUUCCUCUCCAAAAUUACUCAUAUUUUGUUUCUAAAGUAUUAAGCGAAGAAGUGUACUUUGAAUAGAUAUAGAUAAAUAUAUGUAAAUAGAUUUAGUCUCCUAUCUCUAAGCCAGUCUGUUUCGUUGGACUUCUGUGCCAGUGGAGAAGCUUCCUGAAAGGAAGAUACGUGAUCCACUCUAGGAAAGCUUUUUUUAGAUUGCGGAUGUCCAGGUUUCAAAUCAGUAAGUCUGCAAGAGGAUGUAAGUAGUAUUUACGGAGAUUGAAGAAUAAGUGGACGUGCAAGAAUGUUAAAUUAGUUCUGUCUCUUAAAAGCCAAUUUAAAACCUGCAGCUCACAAGUUCUUCACUUCAGUCAGUUUAAAAAAAAAAAAGAAAAAAGCCCACCUAAUUAAUUCUACCUAGGUAAAUGGACAAGACAUUCAAAAGGAAGUUAGAAAAUAGCGGAGGAAGGCUCUAAUACCAAGCAGGAAUAUGAGAGGUAACAUCAUUAUCAUCAUUAUAGGUGAAAAGGGAAUCAAUCUUUUUGUCCAUCUUUUUACAAUUACAAUAGAAUGAUUAAAACUCUUGACUUCUUCAGGUACUGGUCCUUGAAGCCAUGUUGUACAUGAUAAUGUAACCUUUCUUUUUCAGAAAAGUAAACUCCUAAUCAUUUUGUCUGUGUGGGAAAGAUGGGAACACAAGAGGCUUACAGCCUUAAAAGAAAUGCAGAACAGCUCCUAGUUUUUUACUUCUAAAAGGUUUAAAAAUGUCUGACCAGAAAAAUAUUGUACACAGAGCCCAUUGUAUUGAAAAGCUGCUGUCUGAGAACAAUUUCCAAGAUAUUGAGGAUCAUCUUAAAGAACUUGAAGAUGUUGAUAUGACUACAGAAUGUCUUCAGGGGACAGAAGUUGCCAAGGCUGUAUACAGAGUACUCAAGAGCUGCCCUUCAGUGGAGUUGAAAAAGAAAGCGAAGCAGUUAUUAUCGAGGUGGAAAGCACUCUACAAGAAUAGCUGUGUUCAGUCAACGCAAGUUAAAAAGUCAGUUUCUGUGCAUGUGAAAGAGGAAAUUGAACAUCUCAGUGUCGUUCCUAGAGGGCAGUCGCUGUCUGAAGGACCAUGUCAGCAGGAGGCGUUAGAUGCUACUAGUUCUAAAAUUCUGGUCCCAUCUCAAACCGUUAAAAACAUGGUACGUAACAACGCAGAAGGCAGCAUGAGUCAGCUUUCUUCUUUUGAGGAACAGCACACUGACAAUGAAGAUUCAAAACCUCUUCUUAACAAAGCAAGUCAGCAGCAGGAUCCGAUGAGAGCUCUGAGGUGUAAAUGUACGGAUCUUCUUUAUAAAGCUUUGACUGCUUCUGCCAAAGACGAAGAAGAAACUGAUCAAUGGCUAGAACUAUCUAAAGAGAUUGAAGAACAUAUUUUUGCUCUUCAUGCUAAAAAUGAUAAAAAGUAUAAAAAUUGCAUCAGAAGCAAAAUCUCUAACCUGAAGAACCCUAAAAGUUGCCACUUACGAUAUAACCUUUUUUCAGGGGCAUUGAGUCCAAAGGCUUUUGCUGAGAUGACGGUGAUGGAAAUGGCCAGUGAUGAACUGAAACAGCUCAGGGCUCUAUACACGGAAUCAUCUGUUCAGGAACAUCAGCUUCCACAAGUUAUUAAUGGCACACAGACAAACAAAAUAAAGUGUAGGCGCUGUGAAAAAUUUGAUUGCACUGUCACGAUGAUCGCCAGAGGAACUCUCUUUCUUCCAGGCUGGGUGCGAAACACAAAUCCAGAUGAACAGAUGUUGACUUACGUUAUUUGUAACGAAUGUGGAGAACAGUGGUAUCACAGCAGAUGGACUUGUUUGUAGUGCUAUCCCUCUUCAAUAAGUGGUUUAGAAACAUAGAUACGAGAAGCAAUCUCUGUUGAAACUGUAUAAUUUAAAAUUUUGUACUGAUAUUACAUAGAUGCUGCCACUAAAAAGUGCAAAAUAAGUUUUAAAAAAUGGCUAAGUUAUUUCUGAAGAUGACUUGAAUAAAUCUUAGGUGUUUUUAAGUAAUGUCAAUAUGUAAAGAAAUAAAAAAGGGAAAAAACAGUAACACUGUAUCUGAGAGAGGAAUAUUCACUAGCAAAUAUAUAAACUAAAAAAAACAUUCCCAGUGCUGCAGUUUUUUUCCCCAAGGUACUGAGUACUUGGAAUUUUCCUUAUCUUCAGCAGCACUUCUUUCACAGAACAUGUUUUGUUUACAGUAAACAAACUGUUACCAAAACUGCAGUGCAUAUACUUGUGUGCAUUGCAGAAUGUUCAGCAUGGGUUCACGCCUUAAUUAAAUCACUUUUUGCAAGUAAUUGUUAAUUAUUAAGUUGGUUUGAGAGGUAAUGUCUAAAAGGAAAAAAUGAAUGCAAAGUAGAGUGUAAAAGGAAGAGAAGGCAGCUAGCAAAUGAAAGCAAAAAUGAAAUUCUGCUUUAGCUUUUUGUAGCUGUUGGGAGGAACAUAGGACUUGUGGCAAUCUAUUAGUUUGCAGUUCAGA